AACGUCGCGCGGUAUUUCGGGAAGAAAAGGGAAGAAGACGGUCACACGCACCAGUGGACGGUUUAUGUCAAGCCCUACAGAAACGAGGAUAUGUCUGCCUAUGUGAAAAAAAUCCAGUUCAAGUUGCAUGAAAGCUACGGGAAUCCCUUGAGAGUUGUUACCAAACCACCGUAUGAAAUCACUGAAACAGGAUGGGGUGAAUUUGAAAUAAUCAUUAAGAUAUUUUUUAUCGACCCAAAUGAAAGACCCGUAACCUUGUAUCACUUGCUGAAGCUUUUUCAAUCUGAUACCAAUGCCAUCCUGGGAAAGAAAACUGUAGUUUCUGAAUUCUAUGAUGAAAUGAUAUUUCAAGAUCCUACUGCAAUGAUGCAGCAGCUGUUAACAACGUCUCGUCAGCUGACGCUAGGUGCUUAUAAGCAUGAAACAGAGUUUGCAGAUCUUGAAGUGAAAACCAGGGAAAAGCUGGAAGCUGCCAAAAAGAAAACUAGUUUUGAAAUUGCUGAGCUUAAAGAAAGACUAAAAGCAAGUCGUGAAACCAUCAACUGUUUAAAGAGUGAAAUCAGAAAACUUGAAGAAGAUGAUCAGUCUAAAGAUAUGUGA